GGAAUGGCGUCGUCCAGAAUGGAGCAGCUUCUGCUUCAGCAGGACCCAGCAAUGGCCUCCCUCCUCGCGGUCGCGCUGGCCACCGUUAUCCUCCUCCUCGUCGCCGCCGUGAGCAGAGGCAGCGGCCGCCGGAAGCGGCUCCCGCCGAGCCCGUGGAGCCUGCCGGUGAUCGGGCACCUCCACCUGGUGCGCCCGCCGGUGCACCGCACCUUCCGCGACCUGGCGGCGCGGCUGGGCCCGCUCAUGCACGUCCGGCUCGGCUCCACCCACUGCGUCGUGGCCAGCUCCGCCGCCGUCGCCAGCGAGCUCAUCCGGAGCCACGAGGGCAAGAUCUCGGAGCGGCCGCUCACGGCCGUGGCCCGGCAGUUCGCGUACGGCUCCGACGGCUUCGCCUUCGCGCCCUACAGCCCGCACUGGCGCUUCAUGAAGCGGCUCUGCAUGUCCGAGCUCCUCGGGCCCCGCACCGUCGACCAGCUCCGCCCCAUCCGCCGCGCCGGCCUCGUGUCCAUGCUACAGAGCGUUCUGCUGGCUUCGUCGUCGUCUUCGUCGUCGGUGGUGGACCUCACCAGCGCGCUCAUCCGGCUGUCCAACACGUCCAUCAUCAGGAUGAUGGCCAGCACGGUGCCCGCCAGCAUCACGGACGAGGCGCAGGUGCUGGUGAAGGCGGUGGCGGAGCUGGUGGGCGCGUUCAACGUCGAGGACUACAUCGCCGUGUGCCGGGGGUGGGACCUCCAGGGCCUCGGCCGCCGGGCCGCCGACGUGCACCGCCGCUUCGACGCGCUCAUGGAGGACAUGAUCAGGCACAAGGAGGAGGCCCGCGAGGCCAGGAGGAUGCGGGAGGACCCGGCCGCGGAGAACAACAAGAAGGCGGCGUCCACGCCGGUCACCGGCAAGGACUUGCUCGACAUCCUGCUGGACAAGAUGGAGGACGACAUGGCCGCGGAGGUCACGCUCACCAGGGAGAAGAUCAAAGCCUUCUUCAUCGACGUGGUGACGGCCGGCUCCGACACGUCGGCGGCGAUGGUCGAGUGGAUGGUCGCGGAGCUGAUGAACCACCCGGAGUGCCUCCGCAAGGUCCGCGCCGAGAUCGACGCCGUCGUCGGCCGCGACAGGAUCGCCGGCGAGGGCGACGUGGCGAGCCUCCCGUACCUGAUGGCGGCGUACAAGGAGACGCUGCGUCUGCGCCCGGCGGCGCCGAUCGCGCACCGGCAGUCGACAGAGGAGAUGGAGCUGGUUGCCGGCGGCGGAAGCUUCACGGUGCCGGCCGGGACGGCGGUGUUCAUCAACUUGUGGGCCAUCGGCCGCGACCCGGCCUACUGGGAAUCUCCGGAGGAGUUCCGGCCGGAGCGGUUCAUGGCCGGCGGCGGCAACGAAGGGAUGGACCCGCGCGGGCAGAACUUCCAGUACCUGCCGUUCGGGAGCGGGCGGCGCGGGUGCCCCGGCAUGGGGCUCGCGCUGCAGUCCGUGCCCGGCGUGGUGGCCGCGCUCAUCCAGUGCUUCGACUGGACCGUCGUCCCCGGCGACGGCGAGGCGAAGCAGCCGGCCGUGAUAGACAUGGAGGAGGCCGACGGGCUGGUGUGCGCGCGCAAGCACCCGCUGCUGCUCCACGCCUCGCCGCGGCUCAGCCCCUUCCCGGCCGUCGUCUAAACCACCACCGUCCACCGGACCGGCCACCCGUACGUACGUGCCCGAACGAACGUCUACGAGAGCUACGACGAUUCACGUCGGCUGUAGCGUUGCUGUCGUCCGUGGGCUGUUGGUUACUAUGCUACACUCACUUUUUUGUGCCGUCCCGCAUAUGUCAAAACUGGUCUAUUGUAUAUUUCGUUUUCAUAUUUUGGUGAACAUGUCUCACGGACACAGGGUGUGACAAAUAAUCUAAUUGCAAAUGAAAGUGUGGCAAAUGGUC